CUCCUUACUAAGGCGCUGACAAACCUCUGCUCUGUAAACAGGGCAGCAAGUUAUUCGCACACGUCGACUCAAACCGCCCGUUGUAGCCGCUUAUCGAGAGCAACGCCGUUUGCCGUGCAGGCAACAUGGAAGAAGACAUACUAACAACGCUGAAAAUACUGAUAAUAGGAGAAAGUGGCGUCGGGAAAUCCAGCCUCCUCUUAAGAUUCACAGACGACACGUUUGACCCAGAACAAUCAGCAACAAUAGGUGUCGACUUUAAGGUGAAGACUAUUUCUGUGGACGGUAACAAGGCGAAGUUGGCCAUAUGGGACACUGCAGGACAGGAGCGCUUCCGAACCCUGACGCCUAGUUACUACCGCGGUGCCCAGGGAGUCAUCUUGGUGUAUGAUGUGACACGACGAGAAACCUUUACCAAACUUGAUAACUGGCUGAAUGAGCUGGAGACGUACUGCACGAGGAACGACCUUGUCAAGAUGCUGGUCGGAAACAAAAUCGAUAAGGAAAACCACGAGCUAGACAGGGCCGAAGGGCUGAAGUUUGCAAGAAAACAUUCCAUGCUUUUUAUAGAGGCGAGUGCUAAGACCAGGGACGGUGUUCAGUGUGCGUUCGAGGAGCUGGUGGAGAAGAUCAUUCAGACUCCCGGCUUAUGGCAGAGCGAGAACCACGGCCGAGGAGUCCAGCUCUCCGACGAGGACGCGGGAGGUGGAACCUGCGGCGGCUACUGCUCCCUGGUCUAGACAACGCUCACAUAAAGUACACACACACACAUGUUCAGACAUACACGUGUGAAUACCAGACACAGUGUCACACAGUCAAACACAAACAUAAACACACACACUUGAAAGAACACCCCUCUUCCCACUGUAAGCUGUCCUGUGCUGAGCUCCCUACUCAGACAUGAAGGCCGUGGACGUCUCCGCUCCACUGAGCUGUAAAGGGGUUGACCGUCCACACACACACACACAUACACACACACUACUUUUUGCACACUUUGUAAUAACAACGCUGCGCUAAAAUGCACAUGCAGCUCAGCCUUCCUCUUAAUGAAAUCUGAGUGAGUUGACUCUCCUCUGUUUUGUUUUGAGUUACACUUUCGUGCAGUUUGAGGAGUUUAAGGAUCUUGGUCAAAACUUUUUUUAUUUUUUUUUUUCCCCAGUUUCUCACUAUGCUUUGGGAUUUAACUUUAACAGGACAAUUGAGUCAAAAAGUGUGAACCAAAGUUUGUCGGACAAAUGGUUAAAUCUCUGAGCUCGAUUAUGAGAACAGAAAACUUUAUUUUAUUUUUUUUUUUGACCGAGGCUCUUUUCCUGUCUCCAGCAUGCUUUUUGUUCUCAGAGCAUCUUGCCUUAGCAAGCACAUCUGUGUCAGUGCAGAGCUUCGUCUUUCCUCUGGUCCUGCCCCGCCCCCCACUCCCCCACUCCCCCAAACAGCUCGUACUGAACAUUAUGCUGCUUAUAGAAAAUCUUAUCAAGCCAACCCAUCCUGUAUUCCAUCUCACCACUCUCAGUCAAAGACUUGGAUCAUAUGUCUCUGUUGUCUACACAGCUGCCUCAUUUCUUCAGAAUAUAAUAGAGUUACCAAGUGUUUGAAAUGACGUUUUACUACUUUUAUUGACUUGGACUUUAAGCCUUUGGUGUGUUUUGAAGAGUGCAUAAAUCAAAGAGAUUGGCACCAGCGGGCUUUCCACUGGGUGCAGAAGAAGAGGGAACCUCUUAAAAUUGCACGCCUUUUUUUUGUAACCAGUUGCUUUAAUGGAGUGCGACCUACUGGCACUCCCUCACUCAGACAGAUAAUAUCAGUAAUAUCACUAGCGUUGCUGCAGUCUUUCAUAUAGAUUCCUUUGACUGAGCAGAGACAAAGGAAAAGUGUCCAAUAUUAAACAGGGCAGUGACUCAUAAGGGUGUUUCCACUGAAUUUGGAAAAUCAAAGAGCUGCGUGCUCCACCUUGCUAAUGGAUUUCACAGUACCCCUAUCUCUGUGUGUGUAUCUGAGAAGCAGUUAUAAAUGUACUGUACCCCUGACCUCUGACCCUAUUUGUAGUAUUUGAGUGCUGAUGUAUGGUCUUGGAAAUUCUGGGAAAUGUAGUUCUGAGAGUUUGACAGUUCAAAGGGGAUGAAAAUGGACAUGGAUAAAUAGCAUGUCUUAAGAUGGAAUUUUUAAAAAUCUCUUUUUAAUUGCAUGGGAAAUUCUUGUGUGCCAUUCUUUUCUUCUUUUGUCUUUGUCCAGUGAAUGACCUUCAGAGGCUGUUUACUAUAAACACAUUAACUUAUAUUUAGCACAGAAUAAAACAUUGCAUAACGGUUUACCAUUUGAAUUUAAUGGUACAGAAUAAUAAGGCAAAAAGGAAGCAGGCUUUUACUUAUGAAACCAGUAUAGCUCUUUUUUUGUGUUCAUAAAUAAAGUUGUAAAUUCUGUGUAUUUUAGACUUUGGUGGGAUAAUUCCUGUAUGAACUGUAAAGCUGAAUGUAUAUUGCAUAUUUCACUACAGCCCGCCCUGUGUAUUAAACAAAAUAAAAUUCUUUUUUAAG